AUGCUCAUGCCAGCGUCUAUUCAAGAAUGGCUGCCCGAACAGCAUUUGGCCCGCUUCGUCGUAGAAAUCGUAGACCAGCUUGAUCUGAGCGAAAUCACGAGCCAAUACGGAGGUGGCGGCAAGCACGCCUAUCAUCCGGCGCUGCUGGUGGCGCUGUUGUUCUACGGCUACGCGACGGGAGUGUUCUCCAGCCGCAAGCUGGAGCAAGCGACCUACGAUUCGGUGGCAUUCCGUACAUCAGCGCCGACCGGCAUCCGGACCAUGACACGAUAG